GUCGGGGAUGAGCCCCUCUAUAUUUAGCACAGGGCAGUGAAAGGCUGCAGGAGCGCUCGCUUUCGGCUCAGGCUCUCACUCUGCGCUUGACAGGACCUCUCAGCUGAUGAGAUUUUAGAUCGCAAUACGGUGUGCUGUUGUAAACAAGGACUUUUAUGAAUACCGGUAAGCAACAGAAGCCAGUGCUUACAGGCCAGAGGUUUAAGACCAGGAAAAGGGAUGAAAAGGAGAAGUUUGAGCCUACGGUUUUCCGAGACACAAUUGUUCAAGGCCUCAACGAAGCGGGUGGUGAUCUUGAUGCUGUAGCCAAGUUCCUGGAUGUCACUGGGUCGAGACUAGACUACCGUCGCUAUGCCGACACCCUGUUUGACAUCCUUAUCGCCGGGAGCAUGCUUGCUCCUGGGGGAACGCGUAUCGACGACGGGGACAAGACCAAGGUGACAGAACAUUGUGUGUUCAGGACAGAGGAAAACCACACUGCUGUUCGCAGCUAUGCUCAGGUGUUUAAUAAACUCAUCAGAAGGUACAAGUAUCUGGAGAAGGCCUUCGAAGAGGAAAUCAAAAAGCUUCUUCUCUUCCUGAAGGGCUUUACUGAGUCUGAACAGACCAAACUGGCCAUGCUAACAGGGAUGCUGUUGGCCAAUGUCACGCUGCCGCCGGCAAUCCUCACCAGCCUCUUCAGCGAUAAUGUUGUCAAAGAAGGCAUAUCUGCUUCCUUCGCGGUAAAGAUGUUUAAAGCGUGGAUAGCGGAAAAGGAUGCUAAUGCGGUGACAUCUGCACUUAGAAAAGCUAAUCUGGAUAAGAAGCUCUUGGAACUUUUCCCUGCCAAUAAGCAGAAUGUGGAGCACUUUUCAAAGUACUUUAUAGAUGCAGGACUGAAAGAGCUGUCAGACUUCCUGCGCACGCAACAGUCUCUUGGUACACGCAAGGAACUUCAGAAAGAGCUACAGGAGCGUCUGUCCCAGCAGUGUCCCAUUAAAGAGAUUGUGGAGUAUGUGAAAGAAGAGAUGAAGAAGAACGAUCUCCAGGAGCAGGCUGUGAUUGGUUUACUGUGGACCUGCCUCAUGAAUGCUGUUGAAUGGAAUAAGAAGGAGGAGCUGGUCACUGAGCAGGCACUCAAACACCUGAAGCACUAUGCGCCUCUUCUGGCUGUGUUCAGUAGUCAGGGCCAAUCAGAGCUGGUCUUACUGCUUAAGGUUCAGGAGUACUGCUAUGACAACAUCCACUUCAUGAAAUCCUUCUCCAAAAUAGUGGUGCUCUUCUACAAAGCUGAUGUCCUUAGCGAGGAAGCUAUAUUAAAAUGGUACAAAGACGCUCAUGCUGCCAAAGGAAAAAGUGUUUUUCUGGAGCAAAUGAAGAAUUUUGUGGAAUGGCUUCAGAAUGCGGAGGAAGAGUCUGAGUCAGAGGGAGAAGAAGAUUAAAUAUAUUGUGCAUUCUGAAGAUUUUAGUGGUUUUACACUGACAGGUGUCUGUUGCAAAGCUUUUAGCACUCUAAGCUCCAUGUCACUGCAUUUGUGUCCAGAGAAACACUGAGACAAAAUUCAGGGGAAGGUUUCCGAGCUCUGUGAUAAGAGUCCAGGGGGAUACAUAUAAACAGCCUUUAAUAUAAAACACUUUGACAUGCAUUUUAUAUUAAUGAUGUUCAGGUACUGUGUUGACAGUUAUCAGUUUCCUGCUGAUUUUUCAUUUAUUGAAACUCAUGUGUGUGUCAUACAGGACUGGUUUUAAAUCUUUUUAUGAAUAAAGGUGUUUUAUAUGUA